AUUGCACACUUAAAUAGUAUUAAAGAUUUGAAUAAUUGGUGUCCAUAUUGUCGUGGAUUUAAUAAGACAAUUACUGAUAUGUAUGAGUUAGCACAACAACGAAAUGGAAAAUAUCUUUCUGAAAAAUAUAAUAGUAAACCAUCUGAAAUUCGUAAGCCAGAUUUUCUAAAAACAAAUAAAUAUCCUAAGGGAUUAGAACUUGAUAUAUAUUAUCCACAAUAUGGAUUUGCAAUAGAAAUACAAGGAAUUCAACAUAAAUAUCAAACUGAUUUCUUUCAUAAAAGUUUGGAGCAAUUUCAAAAUCAAUUAAUACAUGAUCAGAAUAAAAAAGAACUUUGUAAUAAAAAUAAUAUAGCUUUACUAGAAAUUUG